AUGGCCCCUUGGACCGCUCGUCGGCUGCCCCAUGCCCUCGUCUUGCUCGUUUUGGCCAUUCUCAGCACGCAUACGCUUGCUCUCGAUGUCUCCGACGACGCUGUGGACAACGUUGCCCGCCGUUCUCCUGUGCUUGGCGUGCCGCUCCAGCGACGGAACCCACGAAGACACCUGACGGAGGACGAGUACGGGGCAUGGGCACAGCGACAAGUCGAAUAUCUACGUGCAAAAUACGGAGGAACAUCGUCAGAAGAUAAACGGGCGAUUGGAACAGCUGGCUUGGCCAAUCAGAAUACAGACUCGACGUUUUAUGCAAGUGUCGGCUUUGGAACGCCAUUGGAGCAGUAUAAUCUCAUCCUCGAUACCGGGAGUGCAGACACUUGGAUCGCGGGUGCAGAUUGUACCACUGGAUGCGACGGUGUGAAACGCUUUGCGGCCAAUGCCAGCAGCACCUUUCGGGACCAAAACCGGCCAUUUACGGUGCAUUACGGCUCGGCCUCUGCAAGAGGAUCCCUAGGCAGAGAUGUCGUCCAGAUGGCCGGCUUUGAAGUCCAAGAUCAAUUAUUUGCCCUGCUUCAUUCGCCAGUCUCCGGAUUGAUGGGCCUCGCAUUCCGGGGGAUUGCAGCUUCUGGUGGAAUGCCAUUCUGGUUACGGCUCGCCAAUGGAGGUGUUUUCGAUAGACCAAUGAUGUCGUUUUGUCUCACAAGAUUUCUCGACGUCGACGGCGCGUCGGCCCUUGAGCCAGGAGGCUAUUUCACGCUCGGUGGCGUCAACUCGUCACUGUAUUCAGGAGACAUUGACUUUGUCCCGCUCCCCGACGAAGGCCAGACCUAUUGGGAAUUACCGCUAAAGACUUUUAGUGUCAAUGGUGCAACCAUCCCGCUUGCCAACGACUCUACGUCCGAUGCCGCCAUUGAUACCGGAACGACUUUAAUAGGCGCGCCUACUGCCAUCAUCGACCAGAUGAUGACACACAUUCCUGGAUCCUUCAGUGGCCAGGACGAGUAUGAGGCAUACUUUAUGUACCCAUGCAACUCGAGCGUACAAGUCCAGUUCUCCUUUGGCAGUCGCUUAUGGACGGUCGGACCGCGAGACUUUAAACUCAUCGAGUUUAGUAACGGGACCUGUGUGAGCUCAUUCUUCCGUCUCUCACCCGGGUCCUCGUCUCCAAAAUGGAUCAUUGGUGACACCUUUUUGAAAACUGUGUACUCGGUAUUCCAGUAUGAUCCCCCUGCCAUUGGAUUCGCAACCUUGUCCAAGACGGCACUAGAGCUCAGUACGGUCGGCGGUGAGCUUCCAAGACCGUCUCAAGGUGCCUCUGUCGUUAUUACCGGAGCUUCUUCGCCGCGGAUCGCACACCCUGUGCUCUCUUCUCUCUUUGGGCUCUCCUUUUUCAUUUUCUAUAUAUUACUCACCUUAUAA